UACUAAUAAUAAGUCCGGAUAUUCCUUUGACAGAGCUCCGCGUGCCGCCGUCAAGCUCUGCGGGUGUCGAUAACGUGGGCGAGAUCAGUGUGCAUCGAUGAACUAAGAUCUCUGAUUGUUGUUGGCGUACCGUAAGUAACCCCCCUGACGGUCAUAAACCACGUUGAUGGAAACCAUAACUUUAACUUUUCUGCUAUGGGGCCACGUGGUCGUCAUCACUAUGACUAAGCAGUCAUCACGGGUCCGAAUACGUGCUUCAGCGAGCUGCAAAACCGCCCAUCGCCACAACCCUGGCGCGGUCAACAGCCAGCCAACUAACACUGAUGUCUCCUAAAAGAACUCGCAAGCCCACUCCUAAGAGCGAUGGUGAAGACUCGAGUGAUUCGUACAGCGACUUUCGGCACGACCUAAAGCGUCCACGAUCAAAUUCGCCCUGGAAUAUCACAGACAAUACUAGCGCGGAUAAUUCCCCUCUCAAGAUUUACGUCUUAUCUGUUAAGUUUGACGCAACCACAUAUCAAAGUUUAGUCUGCCUCGUGGAAGACUGCCUUCUGCGUGUCGGGAAAGACGAACACUCACCUGCAACUCUGCGGAGGGUUGAGCUCAGUGCAAACCUCGAGGAAGCCGACGUCAUCGUCACGGCGAUUCGCACUCGUCCCAGGUUGGAGAGGCAUGUUAACCCGUCGCUUGCCAAAUCAAGGCCGAUAGUCACGGCGGAGUGGCUGCAGAACAGUGUUAGAUCAGGUUUUUUGCUACCUUGUGCCGAUUACGCUGCGCUACGCAAUCUUCGCCAGGAAACUGCAAGGCUGUGUCCUGACCAAAAGCAGGGAGACGUUAUCGCACCCGAACGGCUGGGCGCGCCGCCGAAACCUCGAGUCUUUCGUGAUCCCGAGGAACUUGUGGAUGCGCGCGACGCGGCCGCUCUAGAUCAUACUUCACGCUACUCGUGUCAGCGAGGAUCGCCACUUUCUUGCCCAAAUCAGGGUCUUGUGCGAGAGCUCGACGUCAUACGUCGGUGCAGGUUUGUUGACGGUGAAGAGAGAAGUGUGCUUAGUUAUUCUAGGGCGAUCGCCGUUACAUAUCCCAGUCCCAUCACCGCGGAAAAGUUACACAGCGGAGUGGCGAAGCUACCCUUUCUCGGCGAGAAGAUCCUGUCGAUGAUUGAGGAAUACACCGGAGCUGGAAAAAUUGCCGAGGCUCAAACUAUACUGUCUUCCCCACGUUUCCAGUCAUUGUCGGCAUUCACCGCUAUUUACGGGAUAGGUCCCCACACUGCCAGAAAGCUGUAUGCCCUCGGCUUGCGAACGUUGGAAGAGCUCGACCGAUACUAUGAAGUCACCCCUGGCGACGUGAGCACAGAGGCCCCGUCACAUGUUGCCUCAGACAAGCACUAUACCGAAGAGGUGGCGGCGGAAAUAUCCAUUAAGGUCGGCUUGGCUCUUAGACACGAUUUCGGUCAACUGAUCUCACGCGAGGAGGCGGAAGAAAUUAAUCGCGUCGUCAUGGAAGUGCUGGCAUCCAUUCAAGAGGACUGUAAAAGUUUGAUUGUCGGCGGUUACCGGAGGGGGAAGCCACAGAGCAAUGACGUUGACAUAGUAAUUACCCAUUCGGACUGGAAUUCGGGGUCCAAAGAAGUGAAGGGGCUCUCCAAGAAACUUGUUCAAGUGUUGCACGAGCGGAACCUUGUCACCCAUGUAAUGCACCUUUCCGGCUUCCAUGAGCAUAACGCACUUCGUACACACCACUGGGAUUCUCUCGAGAAGGCUCUUAUCGUACUCCGUCUUCCUUCAAAUGCUGGCGGGAGGCGGAUUCAUCGGCGCGUAGAUCUCAUUUUCGCGACUCCUGAAGUGUUUUGGACUGCUGUCGUUGGGUGGACCGGUUCCACGAUGUUUCAGAGAGACCUACGACUUUGGGCAAAACAGCAAAAAGGAAUGAAAUUCGAUUCAUCAGGAAUAUCUCGCCGUCGCGACUCCAAACUUUACUUCCCCAAGUCUGAGCGCGAGGUUUUUGAAAUACUCGGGUUGGCAUAUGUCCAUCCCUCCCUCAGAAAUGCAGAUGUGUAG